UUUGCUUUUCCAUGUUUCAUGCUUUGUUGGACUACUUUUUCGAAGUUUCUUCUUAAGAUACUUCUCUGCUUGAAAUAUUGGUAGUUUUUUUUGGCAGGGAGAGAUUGAAGCAAAUCUCUUCAAGUCACAGUAUCAGAAACUUUGGUUCUUUAUGAUGCCUAGUGUGAAUCCUGAUCCAUCUGAUAAAGAUUCCGAGCCAUUUGUCGAAAUUGAUCCAACAGGCCGGUACGGCCGCUACAACGAGCUACUUGGCAGUGGUGCAGUGAAAAAAGUGUACCGUGCAUUUGAUCAAGAAGAAGGAAUAGAAGUAGCAUGGAACCAGGUCAAACUACGAAACUUCACUAAUGAUCCCUACAUGAUUGAUAGGCUUUACUCCGAGGUCAGGCUGCUGAGAACCUUAACAAACAAUAACAUCAUUGCCUUGUACAAUGUGUGGAGGGACGAGGAAAACAACACCUUGAAUUUUAUCACCGAGGUGUGUACUAGUGGGAACUUGAGAGAGUAUAGGAAGAAACAUAGGCAUGUUUCAAUGAAAGCUUUGAAGAAAUGGUCAAAGCAGAUUUUGAAAGGGUUGGACUACUUGCAUUCACAUGAGCCUUGUGUCAUUCAUAGAGAUCUCAAUUGUAGCAAUGUUUUUGUCAAUGGGAACAUUGGUCAGGUAAAGAUUGGUGAUUUGGGUUUGGCAGCGAUAGUGGGGAAGAGUCAUUCAGCACACUCAGUAUUAGGGACACCGGAAUUCAUGGCACCGGAGCUUUACGAGGAGGAUUACACGGAAAUGGUGGAUAUAUACUCGUUUGGGAUGUGCAUGAUUGAGAUGGUGACUUUGGAAAUUCCCUAUAGUGAGUGUGACAAUGUUGCCAAAAUAUACAAGAAGGUGUCAACUGGGAUAAGGCCUGAGGCCUUGUGCAAGGUUAAGGAUUUGGAGGUGAGGGCGUUCAUCGAGAAGUGCCUUGCUCAACCAAGGGCAAGACCUUCUGCAUCUGAGCUCCUCAAUGACCCGUUCUUUGAUGAAAUUGAUGAUGACGAAAAUGAUGAAUUUAUUUUUUCAUGACUAAUGAUGUUGUGAAGUGUGCUUAAAUUUAUCAUUGUUAUUUAAUUUUUAUUUUUUUAAAUGUAAAUGUUUUCAAAUGUUUAUAAGGGAUAAUGACUGAAGUUAGGCUAGAAUAUGGGGAGUGUUUGAUUGGGGAUGGUUUUGUCUUGUACAUUGCGGUUUGAUGUUUGAAUACAUAAAAAAUAAGUAAGAAAGAUAUAUUGAGUUUGCUUCU